CCUAUAUCUUCAUCGACUAAACCCUAGAAUUUUCUUCAUCGCUCAAUCGAAGCUUCUCACUUCAGAACCCAAAUCUUCCAAUCUUUGCUCUAACAAUUUGCCCGAAUGGCUCGCACCAAGCAAACCGCCAGAAAAUCUACCGGAGGCAAGGCCCCUAGAAAGCAAUUGGCUACCAAAGCUGCCCGGAAGUCAGCUCCUGCCACCGGCGGAGUGAAGAAGCCUCACCGCUUCCGCCCUGGAACCGUCGCACUUCGUGAAAUCAGAAAGUACCAAAAGAGCACUGAGCUUUUGAUCCGAAAGCUUCCGUUUCAACGUUUGGUUCGUGAAAUUGCUCAGGAUUUCAAGACUGAUCUGAGGUUCCAGAGCAGCGCCGUGGCGGCUCUUCAGGAGGCGGCGGAGGCCUACUUGGUUGGUCUGUUUGAGGAUACGAAUCUCUGUGCCAUUCAUGCUAAGAGGGUUACCAUUAUGCCUAAGGAUAUUCAAUUGGCUAGGAGGAUUAGAGGCGAAAGGGCUUAGUCGGCUGGCUUGAUUAUUUAGCCCUUUUCUGUUCUAUUACUUUUAAAACGCUGUUUCUGAUUCUAGGUUUAGUCUUUGGUGUAAAUCUGCUGUGUUUUGAUAUGCUAUCCCAUGAGUUUAUUGUAGGUCAUAUGUAUAUGGGACUCAACAACUUAUUUGCUAAAUGAAUUAUCUCUUUCAUUUUAAAAUCUAUAGUUCUUA